AUGUUGCCACUUUAUCUUUUGCUAGCGUGUCUUGCUUUGUAUUAUAUCUUCAAAUCAAAUACACCACAUGGCCUAAAAAAACUUCCUACUCCACCAGGCCACUUUUUCCAUGUUGGACGUGAACCACAUAAAAAAUUUACAGAAUGGGCAAGAAGUUUAGGCGAUAUUUAUGGUGUACACAUGGGUCAACAAUAUUGGAUUAUAUUAACUGGUGAUAAGGUUGUUGGAGAACUUUUACAAAAGCGUGGCGGAAAAUAUUCAUCUCGUAUAACAAGUUAUUAUACUUAUGAUUUAUUGACCAGGGGAAAAAGUUAUUUUGGUUGCCCAUAUAAUGAAAGAUAUAGGAUGCUUACACCCAUUAUGCAUGGAGCUCUGGGACAACGUAGUGUAAAAGAAAAUUCUAAAUUACUCGAUAAUGAAUUUCGUAUACUUAUGCAAAACCUUUGUAAUGCUUCAACCAAUGCAAAAGAUGGGGUUUAUCCUAAAAAUUGGUUUCAACUUACAAGUUUAAACAUUAUAACCAUCUUAUGCUUAAACAAGCGGACAGAAACUGUUGAUGAUCCAUUUUUUACAGAAUUUAAAACCGUAAUGGAAGAGCAUAUGGAUCUCGUUAAAAUAACAAAUAGACUAUCUGAAUUUUUUCCCAUAAUGAAAUUAAUUCCAAAUACUAGUUUACGUAAUAAAAUAAUAGCAAAUAGAACAAAAGUUGAAGCUUUUCUCGGAAAAUUAAUCAAAGAAGUUGAGAAUGAUAAAGAGAAGAAGCCUUGUAUUAUUAGAAAUUUUCUUCACAAGAAGGAUGAAGGAAUCCUCGAUGAGCUAGACAUUAUUUAUCUCGUAGAUGCAUUCUUUGCUGCUGGAACUGAUACAAUUGCAUCAAGUUUAACAUGGCUUAGUGCUACUUUAGCUAAUAAUCCAGAAGUUCAGUCUAAAGCUCAUCAAGAGCUUGAUCGAGUAAUUGGACAAUCUCGUUUACCAGAAGUUUCUGAUGAGCAAAAUCUUCCUUAUAUACGUGCUAUAAUCAAAGAAGGUCAAAGAUAUUGUGCACCAAUUUAUCUUGGUGUACCUCAUGGUAUCGAAGAAGAUGAUGAAUAUAACGGUUAUCAUAUUCCAGCAAACUCUGUUGUAGUUUUAAAUCAAUAUGGAAUUCAUAUGGAUGAAAAAAGAUAUGAGAAUCCUAAAGAGUUUAAACCUGAAAGAUUUUUAGGAGUUACGGAAAGUAGUGCAGCUUUAGCAAAUAGAAAUUCAGAAAACAGAGACCAUUUCGGAUUUGGUGCUGGAAGAAGGCUCUGCACCGGAAUUCACAUGGCUGAGAGAGAACUUUUCUUAGGAGUCUCUCAUCUUCUAUGGUGUUUUAGAAUAGAAAAUGCGUCACCAUUAGGUGAGGAUGGUAAACCAAUACCAAUUGAUUUAAACAAAGUACGCCUUGGUAUUUCUGUUUGGCCCGAAGAUUAUCGUGUUAAAUUUAUAAUAAGACAUGAUAAUGUUGAAAAACUUUUAUUUGGCCUAAGCCAAAUUUGA